AGCCGCUGAGGGCAUGGGGGGUCCCACGGGGCCCCCUCGCCUCCUCCUCGCCCCACGCUCGCUCCUCUGCCUGCUCUGCCUCCUCCCGCCGCUGCUCAAAGCAGCCGGGCCCAACCAGGCACCCAGAGACCAGCCCCUGUGGGCGCUGCUGGAGCAGUACUGCCACAAAGUCACCACCCUCAGCAACCUCUCAGGUAUGCCAGCCCCUGCCACCACCUGCGGCAGACCCCAGGAGUAGGGGUGGGCCCAGGGCCUGGGGGAGAAGCAGGUCCUCCCAGGCCGGCCCAAGCUCAGUGGGUGGCACAGUGACUGGUUUCCAGGCCUGGGUGUCCAUCCUUGCCCAUGUGGGGCUCAAGCUCUUCACCAGUGAUGAAGGGCUUGGUCGGGAGUCCUCCUCCAGUUCUGCACCCAAGGAAGCUGGCUGAGGUGGCAUUCAGCGGGGGCACUCCUCUGCUUUCAAACUCCGCAAGAUGGCACGACCGGCAGAAGGUGUAAAACACAUUCUCCCGUUGCCGUGGCUACAGGUGUCACCUCCCGGUCCCUACUUCUACUGCAACACGACCUUGGACCAGAUCGGGACGUGCUGGCCCCGGAGCGCGGCCGGAGCCCUGGUGGAGAGGCCGUGCCCUGAGUACUUCAACGGCAUCAAGUACAACACGACCCGCAAUGCCUACCGAGAAUGCUUGGAGAAUGGGACGUGGGCCUCACGCAUCAACUACUCCCAGUGCGAGCCCAUUUUGGAUGAUAAGCAGAGGAAGUACGACUUGCACUACCGCAUAGCCCUCGUUGUCAACUACCUGGGCCACUGCGUGUCUGUGGCAGCCCUCGUGGCCGCCUUCCUGCUUUUCCUGGCCCUGCGGAGCAUCCGCUGUCUGCGGAACGUGAUUCACUGGAACCUCAUCGCCACCUUUAUCCUGCGAAAUGUCCUGUGGUUCCUGCUGCAGCUCAUUGACCAUGAAGUGCAUGAGAGCAACGAGGUCUGGUGCCGCUGCAUCACCACCGUCUUCAACUACUUCGUGGUGACCAACUUCUUCUGGAUGUUCGCCGAGGGCUGCUACCUGCACACGGCCAUCGUCAUGACCUACUCCACCGAGCGCCUGCGCAAGUGGCUCUUCCUCUUCAUUGGAUGGUGCGUCCCCUGCCCCAUCAUCAUCGCCUGGGCCAUUGGCAAGCUCUACUAUGAGAAUAAACAGUGCUGGUUCGGCAAGGAGCCCGGAGACCUGGUGGACUACAUUUACCAGGGCCCCAUCAUCCUCGUGCUCCUGAUCAAUUUUAUCUUUCUGUUCAACAUCGUCAGGAUCCUAAUGACAAAGUUACGAGCCUCCACCACCUCGGAGACAAUCCAGUACAGGAAGGCGGUGAAGGCCACCCUGGUCCUCCUGCCCCUUCUGGGCAUCACCUACAUGCUCUUCUUCGUCAGCCCCGGGGAGGACGAGCUGUCGCAGAUCGUGUUCAUCUAUUUCAACUCCUUCCUGCAGUCAUUCCAGGGUUUCUUCGUGUCUGUCUUCUACUGCUUCUUCAAUGGAGAGGUGCGCGCGGCUGUGAGGAAGAGGUGGCACCGCUGGCAGGACCAUCACUCCCUCCGAGUGCCUGUGGCCCGGGCCAUGUCCAUCCCCACGUCACCCACGCGGAUCAGCUUCCACAGCAUCAAGCAGACGGCCGCCGUAUGACCCCUCCGUGCCUCCACCUCGCCUGUCACCUCACCUCGGGACGGCCUCCUCAUCCUCCUCCAGCGCCUUUCGCCACAGGCCCCGGUGGCGGCACAGAGAGGGGAGGACCAGCUCUCCAGGCUGGCAGGAGAGAGCCCGUGCCACAGCCCAAGGGGCUCUCGGGAACCAGGGCCAGCUGGGUCCCCAGGAAGCCAGGGGAGAAGUCACAGGAAGCCGGGGGUGAAGAGCGGGUCACCGGUCUUCAGGCCUCUACCCACACCAGCCUUUCUCACUGGAUCCUCACUGUAGCCCUGUUCACAGAUGAGGAGACUGAGGCCCAGCAUCAGGGAGGGCCUGCCCAAGUCACACAGCUAUUUCCUGGCAGACCUGGGGCUCCUCUGCCCCUCUCACCACCAGGGUCUUCCCACUGGCAGCAGGGUAAAGGUUGGCCCCAUGCCCUGCCUUCUGCCUCUGCGCUCGGUGGCGCCCUCUGCAGUUGGAGGGAAGCAUAGCCGCUGGAGUAAGGGAUUCAUUCCUCUGGCUUCAUCCCCGGGACUCUCACCUAGAGGAGCCUCACCUACACUCACCCCUGACCCUGUCCUCCUGCCCCUUGGGCCUUUGGAGGGAUGCUGCUCCCUUUCCUGAGAGACCUCUUCUCAGCCUAAUGCACAGAUUCAGGGCCUUGGGGAGGGGCGGGUGGGAGGAAGAUGCUGCCAGGGCAGCUGUACGGUCUUGGACCAGCCAGAUACACAGUGCAGGAUGAAGCGGGGAGAGGCGUGGGGACGGGCUGGGAGAAGGAAUGGGGUACCAAGGCACGUCUUCGGUGAUUGGAACUAAUCCCUCUGCCCCCACCUGAGACUGGGCUUCAGCUUCCCCUUCAGAAAUACCAUCUCUGCUGUCUAUGAAAUAAACCAUGCCUCUGUGGAUACACGGCCUCCCGUCAGGUGAAGGGGUGCUGUGGGCCAAGGAUGGGGGGCUGGGUCCAUGCUUGUUUGCAGAGACUCUUACCCUGGCCUAGGGCCGGGGCUCCCUCUCCACCUGAGCCUGCACAUCUGUCCUUUUUGGUUCACCCAGGCCGAUUUUCUGCCCCUCCUCCCCUACCGAAGGCAGCAUCAUUCCCCGUGGAGGAGGGGUGCAGCCCCCCAGCAGACCACGGCCUGUCCCAAAGGCCGAGGUUCUGGAGUCUGAGGGAAGUGUAGACCGGGCCACAGUCAAGGUCGCCUUCCUCCUGGCCUCCAUCCCUGCUUCCCUCCAGGAGAGGGUGCGAGUCAAGGGGCAGGCGACCAUCAGGCUGGGGUUGGAAAGGCCUUUUGCUCUAGGUAUGCCCCCUCAAUUGUGAAAAAUUAUGUAUCUCUUGCACAUUUUUAAGUUGACAUCUAAUAUUUUUUAUGCAAGUUUUUGUUUGUUGUGCUUUUUAGAGCCUGUGGCAUAUGGAAGUUCCCAGGCUAGGGGUUGAAUCAGAGCUGCAGCUGCCAGCCUACACCACAGCCACAGCGACGCCAGAUCUGAGCCACUGCUGCGACCUACAGCACAGCUCACAGCAACGCUGGAUCCUUAACCCACUGAGCGUGGCCAGGGAUUGACCCCACAACCUCAUGGAUGUUAGUCGGGUUUGUUCCUGCUGAGCCACAACAGGAACUCCCUUAUGUAAAUUUUAAAAGUUGUGAGGGAUGUGACUUCUGGCACUUGGUAAAUAUUUGCAUUUUAAAAUAUAACUGCCACAACACUUUAUAAUACAUCAUAUGAAAUCCAAACAUGGCAGUGAUUUAAUACUCUAUUUAAAAAAAUUUUUUUUAAAAACCUGCUCUUCUUUAACAGUGGGAAGUUUUAGGUUGUUCCUUUUCUCUCUGAACUUGUAUUUUCAUUCUGUUUCCACAUAGACCUUUUUUUUUUUAAACUAAUAUAGCAUUUAAAA